CACCCCUUGGUCCUCACUCUAGGCCUAGCUGCUGGUUCGUCGGGGGCCAGGGCCUCGGGCCUGGGGAGCUGUCUUGGCCUCCAGUCAGCGAAAGACUGCCUGCCUGCUCGCUGAUCCGUCGUCCUGCUGGGCCGAUCUUCUUUUCCCUCCCAAUUCCCACCGUCGUUCGUUACGGUUCACCACCAACAAAGGGAGGAUCUCUCAUUUUUUUCUUCACCACCACCACCACCACCAUCGUUGAGAGAAAAAAAAAGGAAAAAAAGAAAGAGGAAGAAGAACAGGACGGAAGCUUUGGCGAGCUCUCGAAUUCAUCGCGCGACCGGCCGCCGACCUUUUUUGCCUCCUCCUCUUCUGGUUCCUCAAGUCGCUCGCUUUCCCUUGCUAUUGUCAGGCAUCAGAAACAAAGUCCGUUUCUGUGCCAUCGUUUCUGGAAACGCAACCAGGGACCCCGCCCCCUUCCCGUCGUUUAUAUUCCCCAUUCUAUUCUGUGCUUCGCGAGAUUCGCUCUUGGCUGCUGCCGCUGUGACCCCCCGCGGCCCAAGCUUGCUCGAUCCGACAGCAGCCCCCCGUGCGACGUUGUGCGGCCCGCUGGUCCCCGAUCGCAUCGCAUCGCAGCGCAUCGCGUCACCGCAUCACGGUUCUGUGCAGCGGACGACUGCACCGCAGCUGCAUAGCCGCAGAGACCGUUACCGGAUCCUCGGGCGCGCCUCGGGAGUCACUCCUCCCCCCAUCAUCAUCACUUGUGUCUGUCGUUACGGCACUCACGAACAAUCGGACCUUCCCCCCCUCUUGGCGUCAUCAACAGACACCCUCUGGAACGCGUCCAAGGCUCGGCCAUCGCUUUCCCGCAUUCCUGCACAACAAGAGGUUGAGCAGACUGACAAUCGGAAACAAACAAGAGAGCGAUUCAGGUGGCGACUGAGACAAGGCCAUUCGCUUCUUCUCUGAGACGACGACGCCCCUCCCUCCCUGCAUUGUUCGCCGUCGUACCUUCCUGCCGCCACUAACACCCUUUUCGACUUGAUUUGUCUAUUUUCGUUUUCCUCGACUGACAGUCGCGUGCUCCCGAAUUUGGCGACCGCGAUCUUGCCUGCCGCAAAGAAAACAAAGCGGCCAAAAGUUCCCCAUUUCGAUAUUCCACCAGAGCCCUCCUUCGCAAGGCGGCCGGAACAAAAAAAGAACACACACACCUAUACACAUCAACCGCUGGCCAUGUUGCGCUCAGCGGCUCUCGCUGCCCUCCUGGGCGCCUCCUCCGUCCUCGCGGGCACCAAGUGCUCGCUGUCCAGCAAAUGCCCCAAGGAGUCACCAUGCUGCUCCCAAUACGGCGAAUGUGGCGUCGGCGCCUACUGCCUGGGUGGCUGCGACCCGCGGUCGUCGUUCUCGCUCGACGCAUGCGCGCCCGCGCCCGUGUGCAAGAGCACGACGACCAAGUUUGACAGCAAGGACAGCAUCGUCGACAUUGGCGAAUACCUCGGCGACGCCAGCAAGGCCGACUGGGUGGCUCAGGGCGAGCCGGCCAUUCACGAUGGCAGCGUCCUUCUCACCAUGCCGAGAAAGAGCGUUGGCACGGUCCUCGCGUCGACCAGCUACAUGUGGUACGGCAAUGUCAAGGCCAAGUUCAAGACGAGCCGCGGCAGGGGCGUCGUGACGGCCUUUAUCCUGCUGUCGGACGUCAAGGACGAGAUCGACUACGAAUUUGUCGGUGUCGACCUGCAGACCGCCCAGACCAACUACUACUUCCAAGGCAUCACGGACUAUCACAACUCUGGUAACAUCAGCUUGUCCGACACCUUCCACAACUUCCACGAGUACGAGAUCCGCUGGACGCCCGACAAGGUCGAGUGGCUCGUCGACGGGCAGGUCGGCCGCACCAAGCUGCGCAAGGACACGUGGAACGAGACGAGCCAGCAGUGGAUGUUCCCUCAGACGCCCGCGCGUGUGCAGCUGUCCAUCUGGCCCGGCGGUCUGGCCAGCAACGCCAAGGGCACCAUCGACUGGGCGGGCGGCGAGAUCGACUGGGACGCCGAGGACAUCAAGAAGGCCGGCUACUUCUACGCGACCUUCUCCGAGGUCUCGAUCGAGUGCUACGACGCCAAGAGCCCGCCCGGCACCAAUCACGGCAAGAGCUACACCUACACGAGCACUGCCGGCACCAACGACACGGUCAAGGACGGCGACAAGGACACGGUCAUGGGCUCUCUUCUGGCGUCGGGCCUCGACAUGAACAAGGGCAAGAAGAGCUCGUCAUCGGCGUCGACCAGCGCGGAGAAGCCCACCAACACGCAAAACACCAUCCCCGGCGGCGGCAAGGGGGGCGGCGGCGGCAACGACCACAGUGGCGACAAGGGCGGCAGCAGCAGCAGCGGUGGCAGCGGCGGCAGCAGCGGAAACAACGGAGGCAGUGGUGCGCAGCCCACAGCAGGCGGCUCGUCGGGCUGCAGCUCCAACAGCUUCAACCAGGACUGCAACAGCGGCUCCAAGGACGGUGGCAGCGGCGGCAAGAGUGGCAGCUCCAAGGCGAGCGCGAGCGCGCUGGCAAUGAUCAUUGCCGGCGUGGCGCUGUUCUGGCUGUAAGGGCGGCAGGUUGUCGGCUGUUGUGCUUGUGUGGCCGGGCCCGCGUGGCGCCUGUUGUGAGACAUCAUCACGGCGGCGCGUCGGAGCCCCAUUCGUUGAAGGAGGCACUUUGCGAGCGUCAUCGUCAUCGUCAUCAUAAUCAUCACACCGUGGGAGGGGAUAUUGUCAUGUCUGCUUCGAUGCUGUAUCUUAGGGCAACCGCGCCCGUCCUGCAUCAUUGUACUUAUGGGCUUCUUCUUCUUUUUGCUGUUUGUUCUCUUUGGUAUCUUUUUUGAUCCCGGGUUGGGUGGGUGGACGAUAAUGACCCGUCGUGGUCGUCCGGUCCUUUAUUUCCUAUCUGGCGGGCAUGGCCUGAGUAAUGGCAAAGGCAACAAGAAAGAAGAACAGGCGUGGCAUCCGAUGCGCGUGAUGGGUAGGAAAGGGGAGCGGGGAUGGGGUAAGGAGCAUUUUCUUGGACAGAUACGUAAUACGAAGUAAAGAUGAGCACUUGCGAAGGUUGCUGUUUGUGUGCGUUUGCUGCUUGCUGCUUGCUACCUGCGUGUCUUUUGUGCCUGCAUCUUCUUGGUCGUGCGACGCAGAGCGCGAGGGGCGAUGAGCAAGACGGAUGUACAUGGCUGAUUGCUACCAUGUCAAGACGUGUGUGGUGUUGUAAUUGGUGCUUGAUGUUAUGACCUACCUGGGUUAUAACAACAGCCCUGUAUAUAGAGUACGCGAACGACAUCGAGGGGGUUUCGAGCACUUAUCGAGUUCCUGGUAUAUAAGUCGCUUCGUCCUGGG